AUGCGUACCCUACAGCAGGCAGAUGCAGCUAUGUCAGAACCACCGUCCGUCCACAACCUCUCAUCCAAACAGCUGACAGACGACCAGAUUAAAGUGCUUCAGCACGAAUCUGGAUACAACACAGGUGACGCGCAGCCACUGAAUUUUAUUGCGGCAUUGGAAGCGACACUCGCAAAGACAGAUACCACAGAAGACUCCAAAAACUCCAUUCGCCAGCGAGUGUCAUCGCUUAUCAUAUCCCACAAGCCACGUCGGACCAUCUCCACGGCCGAAUUAAAGGCCACUAGGGAAUUAAAGAUGGACGAAGAAAUAGUCAUUGUUCCAGCGGACAAAGGACGGGCAACCGUGAUCUUGGACAGAUCAGAGUACGUCGCAAAUGCCCAGGAACUACUAGACGACAACCAGUCAUACAGAGUCGUCGACUCUGACCCCAUAAAAACACUGGUAGGCAAAAUUAACAAUGGCUUAAAUCAAAUGAGGAGCCAAAAGGCGAUAUCUGAAAACGAUUGGAGACAAAUGAGACCGCAAGAUGCCGCUCCAGCGCGUUUCUAUGGUUUGCCAAAAAUCCACAAGCCAAAUGUCUCCCUACGACCCAUCGUAGCGCUGAAAGGCACACCUACCUACGGACUGGCUAAAUGGCUUACCAAGCACUUAAAGAAGCUGACGGAGGGCUCCGAACACACAGCCGCCUCCUCAACGCACUUCCUAGAAAAAGUCCGAGGCGUGACAAUAGCCCCCGAUGAGAUCAUGGUAUCCUUUGACGUCGUCUCUUUGUUCACCUCCAUCCCUAAGGAGUUGGCCAUGAGAGUCAUCAGUGAGCUACUGGAGCGAAAGUACGACGAUGAAGAAAAACCGUUUAAAAGGAAGCACACGAUGGGGUUACUGGACUACUGCUUAUGCACGUAUUUCACUUUUAACGGCCAUACUUAUGAGCAAAUCCAGGGAACACCGAUGGGAUCCCCGACCUCCGGCUACCUGGCUGAGGCGGUACUACAGGAACUGGAAACUCGUGUUUUUCGGUCCUACAAGCCAAAAUUCUGGAUGCGCUAUAUGGACGAUACUUUUGUCGUCCUACACCGAGAUGCGAAGGAGGCCUUCUGA